AUGGCCGCAAUCGCUGGAAUCAAACCCAAAGUCAUCCUUGAAGAUGGACAGGAAUGCAAGAUGAGCUCCCAAACAACGUGCGUCGACAGUCUCAAGAUAUCAUCUGGCUCAUCAAGAGAACUGGAAAUCACUACAGCUGCUCGUGCUAUGCCUGGAUAUAUCAAAAGAAUACUCCAGUCGACGGUCGUAGCUGCAAGCAUCUCAAAGAGCUCUUGGGAUAUCAGGCAAGCCUACGAGGAUGCACGCAUCUUACAGGCCCAAAAUCAGUCUGGAAACAGUGAUGCUUCGACAAGCUCGACGAAUCCAUCGCGCAAACGCGCUCGCUCGCUCACCGUCUCCGACAGCGAGGACGACAGCGCAGCCGACGCUACGCCAAAGAAGCGUGCCAAAAACGCUAGCGGACAGAAUUCCAAUAAGCCACCUUCGUCAUCCGGCCCGAGCAAUAUCACCGUCGAGGUCAUGCUCGCGCAAACGUGGAAGGAGGACAAGGGCUGCGAUCCCACAGGGUAUUGGAUCUCAGAGAAGUUAGAUGGUGUGCGAGCGUUCUAUAAUGGCCAGGCAUUCUACAGCCGUCUCGGCAACAAGUUCUUUGCGCCAGAUGACUUCUUCUCGCAGUGGAGGGCCAAAUUGCCAAAGAAUGCGACAUUGGACGGUGAACUUUUUACCGGGAGAAAUAAAUUCCAAGAUACAGUCUCGAUUGUUCGCUCAGGCUCUUCGCCUCGAUGGCCUGAAGUGAAAUACUAUGUAUUCGACGCUCCAUUCAUGGGCAACCGGCCAUUUGAAGAGCGCAUCGCAUUCCUCAAAAAGAUCUUUGGCGAACAUGACAAUCCUACGUACCCCAAUGUUGUCGUCGUCGAGCACAUCAAAUGCACCGGCAAAUCGCACGUGUUAGAGAAACUAGACGAGUUACAGAAAAAGGGUGCAGAAGGUCUCAUGUUACGUGAACCACAAUCCCGCUAUGAACACCGCCGCUCUUCAGCCCUUCUCAAAGUCAAGACGUUUUACGACGCUGAAGCAAAAGUGAUUGCUCAUCACAAGGGUACCGGCAAAAACGCGCUCGUGAUGGGCGCAAUCGAAGUCGAAAUGGCAAGUGGCAAACGGUUCAAGAUUGGAACCGGAUUUUCGGACGCUCAACGUAGGAAGCCACCAAAGAUUGGCAGCAUUGUCGUAUACAAGUUUCAAGAGCUCUCCAAGAGUGGUACUCCGCGGUUCCCGGUUUAUGUCGGCGAUGCAAUUGAUAAAACGGAGCCCAAGGAUGCAGAAAUUCGCUCUAUUGACGAUGCGGACGAUUAA